AUGGUUUAUAAUUUCUUUAUUGGUUUAUGUCUGAUUCUAUCAAGUAUCUAUGGAAUUACCGCCAAUAUAUCUGCUAAUCGAACUGAUGGAUGUGAACAUCAAAUAACUUUACAACGAAUAAAGAGCUUAUUAAAACAAUAUUCCUGUGUAAACAUUAAAAAAGAAAGUGAUUACCAUCGAAUGAUACCUAAUAUUUAUGCAUUUAGUGUCGAUAUGAAGGUACUACAAACAAUUAUCACUGAUCACCGUACUCUAAUUAGUUAUUUGAUAAAUUAUUUACAUAAUAAUUCUGUUAAUGCAACAUUUGUUGCUGAUGCUAUUCGUAAUCAUCAUUCAAAAACUGGUCCAAUCUUAACAAGUUGGCGUGAUCUAAUCCAUUUAUUUUUUAUGAGUAUAUUUAUUGGAUAUCUAAUUCAUUUAUGGAUGUACCACGUUGGUUUCAGACCAUGUAAUCGUUGUUUAUCAUUUUUAUCGAAAUUUUUAUUUGUUCGUUUCUACAAACGACAAGAAUUUGAACAACAACAAAAUCUAUAG